UAUGACGCGUCGGGCCGCUCAAGUCGCUUUGAAAGAAGCAGGCGUCACCCCAAAAGACAUCAAAGUCUGCGAACUCCACGACUGUUUUUCCGCCAACGAAUUGAUUCUACUUGAAGGGUUGGGAUUCAGCGAGCCGGGAAAAGCCCAUCAUAUGGUGCGGAACGGUGAUAUCACAUAUGGUGGAAAAGGCCCAAUCGUGAACCCGUCCGGUGGUCUGAUCAGCAAAGGUCAUCCAUUAGGGGCAACAGGUCUCGCACAAUGCGCAGAGCUGACCUGGCAGCUCAGAGGGUGGGCCAAUAACAGAUUGGCUGAAGGCAGUGAUGUCGCGCUUCAACACAAUCUUGGACUCGGCGGCGCAGUGGUAGUGACGGUGUAUAAACGCGCAGACGGAGCAAAGAACCAGAAAGCCAGCGAUGAGGAGGUGAAGCAGAGCAGCCAGUUCGACUAUAACCCGGCAGUUGAAGCUCGUUAUGUGAGCAAAGAAGACGGCGAUAAGGUUAGGUCGAAGACGGUGAGAAGUGAGUAUGCGCUUGGUGACACAUUAGAGAAGAUUCAAAGCAGACUGUAA